GCCCUCGCUCCCCGAGCGCUCGCCGCGCCCGCACAUCGUCUUCAUCCUCGCCGACGACUUGGGCUUCAACGACGUAGGCUUCCGCGGGAGUGACCAGAUCCCGACGCCCAACAUUGACGCGCUGGCGUACGGAGGGCUGGUGCUGGAGCGCUACUACGUGACGCCCGUCUGCACACCCACGCGAGCCGCGCUGCUCACGGGCCGACACCCCAUCCACAACGGCAUGCAGCACUCGGUGCUGUACGGCGCCGAGCCGCGCGGACUGCCGCUGUCGGAGACGCUGAUGCCGCAGCACCUGCGGCGCCUGGGCUACGCGUCGCACCUCGUGGGCAAGUGGCACCUGGGCUCCUUCCGGCGCGAGUACACGCCCACGCAGCGCGGCUUCGACUCGCACCUGGGCUUCUGGACGGGCCACCACGACUACUACGACCACACCGCCGUCGAGACCCCCUUUUGGGGACUAGACAUGCGGCGCGGCCUGGAGCCAGCGUGGGAGCUUCACGGCCAGUACAGCACGGAAGUGUUCACAGCCGAAGCGGAGCGGCUGAUUGCGGCGCACAACGCGUCGCGUCCCCUGUUCCUGCUGCUGGCACACGCCGCCGUGCACUCCGCCAACCCCUACUCCCCGCUGCCGGCGCCCGACAAUGUGGUGGCGCGCUUCGACGACAUUCAGGAUUAUCCGCGCCGGCGCUUCGCAGCGAUGCUGUCUGAGCUGGACCAGUCGGUGGGUCGUGUUGUGGCAGCUCUGAACAGAGCUAAAAUGCUCAGCAACAGUAUCAUCAUCUUCUCUACAGACAAUGGUGGUCCUGCAGCUGGUUUCAACCGGAAUGCUGCAUCCAACUGGCCACUUCGAGGGGAAUUUAGUACAAUAGAACUGAUGAGUAAAGAAAGAAACGCGCCCGUGCGCGUGCGCAGGUGA